UCCAAACAUCAAAUAUCAAGCUCGUGCAAUAAGUAGCUCAAAAAUGAACACCGCCGCCAUGCCCCGGCCAACGCCCCCACUCCACUCUCUCCGUCCACUGCGCCGCCGCCACUUCAACCGCCUACUCGCGGCGGUUUACGCCUCGGCUAUACUAUCCCUCUUCUACCACCACAUACUCAAGCUUCUCCACUCCACCACACUCGUCUCCUUCUUCGUAUCCUUCCUCCUCUUCAUCUCCGACGUCGUCCUGGCGUACAUGUGGUCCACGACUCAGGCGUUUCACAUGAACCCUGUGCACCGGCAAGUGUUCCCCGAGAACCUACAAAAGGUAUUGGACCGGAAAGACUUUCCGGCGAUGGAUAUAUUCAUAUGCACGGCGGAUCCAUUCAAGGAGCCCCCUAUCAACGUCGUAAACACGGCGUUGUCCGUCAUGGCGUACGAUUAUCCGACGGAGAAGCUGUCGGUAUACGUUUCGGACGACGGCGGGUCGGAGCUGACCAUGUUUGCUUUCAUGGAGGCUGCUAAAUUUGGGAAGCAGUGGGUGCCAUUUUGCAGGGAGAAUAACAUCACAGACCGCUGCCCUAAUGCUUUUUUCACCUCAAAUUAUGCCCUAAAUCCUAACACUAUGGAAAUUAAGAUGAUGUACGAGAGGAUGAAGACGAAAGUGGAGGGCGCAGUUGAACGAGGGAAAGUAAAGGAGGAGUAUAUUUGUAGUGAAGAAGAAGGCCAAGUUGUGUCCCAAUAUCGCACUAAAGAUUUCAGUCCCCAGAACCAUCCCUCUGUUAUUCAGGUUUUGUUGAAUUCCAAAACAGACGUAGACAGCACAGGUGUUGCUAUGCCCAAUCUCAUAUAUGUCUCCCGAGAGAAAAGCAACAACAUCCCACAUAAUUUCAAGGCAGGCGCUCUCAAUGUUCUGCUUCGAGUAUCGGCUAGCAUGACCAAUUCCCCAAUUGUCUUAACAUUGGACUGCGACAUGUACUCCAACGACCCGUUAACAGCCCAAAAAGCGCUAUGCUACCUGCCCAACAGGUCGAAUAGGCCCAAUUGUGGGUACGUUCAAUUCCCACAACGUUUUUAUGGGCUUAACAACGCUGAUAUAUAUGCUAGUGAGUACAAACGCUUGUUUCGAAUCCAUUCCAUUGGCAUGGAUGGGCUAAAUGGGCCUAGUUAUGUUGGCACCGGUUGCUUUUUUCUUCGUCGUGUAUUUUUCGGAGCACCAUCUUUGUAUGUAGAACCUGAAACCCCAGAGCUCGCCCCCGAUCACAUUGUGGACAAGCCCAUUAAUAGUCGAGAAGUUUUAAGCUUGGCCCAUCAUGUUGCUGGUUGCAACUAUGAGAACCGGACCAAUUGGGGUUCAAAGAUGGGGUUUCGGUAUGGAUCAUUGGUAGAGGAUUACUACACGGGGUACCGACUUCAAUCUGAAGGAUGGCAAUCCAUAUUUUGUGAUCCUAGUAGGCCUGCAUUUUUGGGUAGUGUCCCAAUCUCUUUCAAUGAUGCCUUGAAUCAGAAUAAAAGGUGGUAUAUUGGUCUUCUAGAGAUGGGGUUCUCCAGGUACAGCCCGUCGACAUUCGGUAUAAGGGCUAUAGGAGUGUUGAUGGGCCAAUGCUAUGCAUAUUAUGCAUUUUCGGCCAUAUGGUCAUUCCCAAUAACUAUUUAUGCGUUUCUCCCUUCGUUGGCUCUUCUACAAGGAAUUCCCAUUUUUCCCAAGGUGUACCAGCCUUCAUUCUACUUGUACGCCUUUCUAUUUCUUGUGGCCUACGGACAAGAUUGUGUAGAUUUCAUCUCGGCACAAAGUACAUUCCAAAGAUGGUGGAGCGAUCAAAGAAUGUGGGUCAUAAGGGCGCUUUCGCCUUUCGUUUUUGGAACAAUAGAGUUUGUAAUGAAGCGUUUAGGCUUGCCUACACAUGAAUUCAUCGUAACUAGUAAAGUGAUGGACGCGGAGCUAAGCAGAAGGUACGAUGAAGGGAUGUUCGAGUUUGGAGUUGCGUCCCCUAUGUUGGUUCCGUUGGGGACGGCUGCCAUCCUGAAUUUGAUGGCAUUUCUUGGUGGAUUGGUGGUUAUUUUGAAGGAAAGAAGCUUUGGUGGUUUCUUCAUACAAAUGUUCAUUGCUGGAUUUGGAGUCAUAAAUAGCUUGCCAUUCUAUGAGGCCAUGGUUUUGAGAAGAGAUAGUGGGAGGAUGCCUACAAAAAUAACAUUCACUUGUGCUCUUCUUGUAGGGCUACUAUAUGGGAUUGCCUCUUUUGUACUAAAGAUUUGAAUUUGAAACAGAAUUAUGUAUGCAUAUGUCAAAAUGUGUGUUUUGAAUUUUGAUGUCAGCUGUUUGUAA